CGAGGUGACGUUUCAAGCGUUCCUUACUACGUAAUCUCCAGGCGUGGCCCGGAGGUCCCAGGGUGGUGAACCUUGUUAAUUUCUAGAAGGGCACCGUUCAACGAAGAAAGAUCUAAGAAAGUAUUAGGAGUGGCAGGAGAGGGUUAACUGAAAGGGACCCGCCCCCCUGCUGCAACCAAACCAGAUGCCUUCUUCCACUUCACCAGACCGAGGAGAUGACCUGGAGGCUUGUAUUUUAAGAUUUUCAGACUGGGAUUUGAAAGACACGCAUCUUACCAACUCCAGUAGCAGUCUCAAAGCUGAGCUAGAUGUCAAUACAAAGAAGAAAUACUCAUUUGCAAAGAAAAAGGCAUUUGCCCUUUUUGUCAAAACCAAAGAAGUUCUGGCACCUUCUUAUAAAUGUAAAGAAAGGCGGUGGAAAUGCUGUCAGCAACUCUUCCCGGACCAGACCGGCAUCCACAGACACGUGGCGACACAGCACGCUGAUGAGGUUUGCCGCCAGACCGCCUCUGUUUUAAAGCAGCUGGCUGCGACACUGGGCACCUCGAAGGGCCCUCUGUCUGCAGGCAACGGGAACCCUCCGAAAGAGGACCUAACUCCAAACCAUGAUGUAUCUGCUUGGCUCCCUGAUGUUAGUUGCUUUAGCCCGGAUGAGCUGGUAAGUGGCCAGGGCGGUGAGGAAGGAGAGGUGCUGCUUUACUACUGCUACUGCGACCUGGAGGAUCCCCACUGGAUCUGCGCCUGGCAGACAGCUCUGUGUCAGCGCCUGCACCUCACGGGCAAGGUGCGAAUUGCUACAGAAGGAGUCAACGGGACGGUUGGUGGGAGCAGACUGGCCACCAGGCUCUAUGUGGAAGCCAUGCUUUCCUGCCCACUGUUCAAGGGUUACCUGAGUGAGGACGAUUUUAAGACCAGCAAGGGAGGAGCUUGCUGUUUUCCGGAACUGCGUGUCGGUGUGUUUGAAGAAAUUGUGCCCUUGGGGAUCAGUCCCAGUGAGAUCUCCUACAAGAAGCCUGGAAUCCAUUUAUCACCAGGUGAAUUUCAUAAAGAAGUAGAGAAGUUUUUGUCUCAGGCAAAUCAAGAACAAAGUGAUACCAUCCUGCUGGACUGCAGAAACUUCUAUGAAAGCAAAAUAGGACACUUCCAGGGCUGCUUAGCCCCAGACAUCAGGAAAUUCAGUUACUUCCCUAGCUACGUUGACAAAAACCUAGAACUCUUCAGAGACAAGAGGGUGCUGAUGUACUGCACUGGGGGCAUCCGUUGCGAGCGGGGUUCGGCCUACCUCAAAGCCAAGGGCGUGUGCAGGGAGGUGUUCCAGCUCAAGGGCGGCAUCCACAAGUACCUGGAGGAGUUUCCCGAUGGCUUUUACAGAGGGAAGCUGUUUGUCUUCGAUGAGCGUUUCGCCCUGUCCUACAACAGCGACACAGUGUCAGAGUGUUCCUACUGUGGAGUGCCCUGGGACCGCUACCAGCUCUGCUCCACGCCCCAGUGCCGCCAGCUGGUCUUGAGCUGCCCCGCCUGCCGAGGACAAGGGUUCACGGCCUGCUGCGUCACCUGUCAGGACAAGGGGAGCCGGCCUGCUGCAGUCCCCACCUGGAGCGGCUUCAGAGAGGAAUGCGAGUGCACUGCCCGGCGGCCGCGCGUGCCCAGCGACCUUCCACGGCCGGUGCAGCUCCCCGAGAGCCCAGAGGUGAGACCCAGUGUCGCCGAGGACGGGCCACGCUCAUGUGGGCGGCACCAUCAUCAUUUCCCUGAGCCUCCACAGAGCUAGGUUUGAAGUGACCCUGUACUGGAGAAUGUCAAGGCCGCUGCAACAGAGAACUGGGGGACUUGGUGCUGGCCAGUGCCGUCGUGGCCACCUGGACUUAAGAGGAGGGAGCAGGGAGUCGGUGCUGACCUCUUGCCUGAGACACUCUGACUCGGAAAUCUGGACAACAUAGAAGCAGGUGAGCCGUGGGGGUCCCGGAGCCGCUGAGGGGUAGAACCCGGGCCCAGUGACCAGGCCCUGCCCUUUCUGCACUGUGCAGCGCACUCGUGGUAGUUAUUUUCCUUGCCACUAAACCUGUCUGCUCUGAUGGCAGCAGUGCAAACGCUGUGGCCCUGGAAGUGGACUCUUUGGAACUCGUCCCUGUAGGCCACCUGCCACCCACCCCUCCCCUCCCCCGUCUCUCAGCCUGAGAGCACUGGACCAGGACCUGCUGAGUCCAGCAUCUGCCCAUCUCCUGCUUUUGUGAAUAAAGCUUUGUGGGAGUGGCCACA